AUGUCCAUGUGCCAGUUCGCACUCCCUCUUCUGAUUCCUGCUGGGGAAGGAUUUCAUAUAACUUUAAUGUUGUGGGCAAUGAGAGAUAUAGUGAAGAGAUGGAGACCCCAAUCAUUAGCAAACGUUAAAGGAUGCAAGGAAGACAACUUGGUCAAUAUACCCAUGCCUGUUUUCUCCUUUGCUAGACUGGGAAGGUGUAAUCUUUCAAAAUCCAGAAUUCUAAAUCAUAUCCUAAGUCCAGUCCAACAACACCAUGAUUUUUUUGUCCAUCAGAACAUGGAAGGGGCAAAUAUUGUAAGGGAAGUCUCUGAUGGUUUGGUGGAAAUCUCGUGGUUCUUUCCCGGAGGAAGCGAACUCUUGGACCUGUUUCCAGAUCCAGUCGCGGUGACAAAUCUCCGGGGUGAUCUGGAAUCUAACUGGACUCAAUUCAACUUUCUAACAAAAGUAUCCUCAGCUGUGUUCAUAUUUAUUGAGACUAUGGAUGAUCAAAACUAUAGCAUUUUAUCCAACAUUGAAGAAUCAGACACAAACUACUUCAUAAUUCUUGCUCCUUCUUCUAGAUGUAUAAGCGUGGAGACCCAGAACCACAUAAAGAUGUUAUACCCCAUCUUGAAAAUCAACAGAAAAAAUGUUCUGGUGAAGAACAACUCGGUUAAUGAUGCAGAACUGGUAAAGAAACUGCAGCUAAUUAUCUUAGAUUCAGUUAAGUCUUCCCCUUAUUAUAUCACCCUGGAGGAGAUGUCUCACAUAGCCGCAGAUCUAGGCAUAUGCAUUGAUGAAGGUUCAGAAGAACAUCAAAAUACAAGGACACUUGCACUGGAAAUUACUAAGAGUGUGAAAGAUGUUGUGCAGUACAAGAAUGAAACAAUGGUACUACAAGGAGAACAUUGGAAACAGCUGGCCAAAAUUGAAAAGGAAAUGUGUCGAAUGAAAGGACUUGGCAGUGACAAUGCAGAGGAUUACAGAGCAAAGCUAGUAAAGAAGUGUGCUGGCUUUAGGAGGCAACAAAGUGAGUGCAGUAUGCCUGAUGGAAUACUCACAUUUAUAGCUGCACUCAACAACCUAUCACGUAUUGAGAAACGUUAUUUUUUGAAGUGGAUGAAGCUCUACCUUGAUUCAGUCACUAGAAAUCAUCUUUCAGCCCUCCAAGCUGAGUACAAGGAGCAAUACUAUAAAGUGAACCCCAAUGUGGACAGGCUGAAAGAACUUGAUCAAAUCAUUAUGAACAGCUCACUAGGAGUGGAACAUUUCAUUCGAGAAGUUGGCCAGUUUUAUGAAGCUGAACACUUCCUAGCAAAUGAUUGUACAAGUGAUCAAAAGCUUCAUAAUCUUCCAAGUAUUGCUGCUGAUCUGUUGUUGGACGGGUUCCCAUUGGAGCUAAUUGAUGGAGAUGGGUCAAACAUCCCCAUGCAGUGGAUAACUGAUGUCCUGGUUGAGUUGGACACCAAGACAGGGGGGCAAUGCAGAAUGAAAGUGAUAACUGUACUGGGAGUGCAAAGUACGGGGAAAUCCACCCUUCUCAACACCAUGUUUGGCCUGCAGUUCCCGGUGGCCAGUGGACGCUGCACACGAGGGGCCUUCAUGACUCUUCUAAAAGUGAAAAACAAUUUACUAGAUGGGCUUGGGUGUGAGUUCAUUCUGGUAAUUGACACCGAGGGGCUGAAAGCUCCUGAGUUGGCUUCUGUUGAAGAAAGUUACGAGCAUGACAACGAGUUAGCAACCUUUGUAGUUGGGUUGAGUGACAUUACUAUAAUUAACCUGGCCAUGGAAAAUACAGGAGAAAUUAAAGAUAUUUUGCAGAUAGUGGUCCAUGCAUUUCUGAGGAUGAAAGAAUUAGGUAAGAAGCCCAACUGCCAGUUUGUUCACCAAAACGUUAGCGAUGUGUCUGCCCAUGAGAAGAACAUGAGAGACAGGCAGAAACUUCUGGAACAGUUAGAUGAAAUGACCAAAGUAGCUUCUAGAAUGGAAGAAAAAAGUAGCAUGACCAAGUUUUCAGAUGUUAUGGACUAUGAUCUUGAGAAGCACAGCUGGUAUAUUCCAGGAUUUUGGCACGGAGUUCCACCAAUGGCUUCGGUAAAUACAGGGUACAGCGAAAACAUUAUUGAACUAAAGAGGCAGCUGUUUGAAACUAUGAAAAAACAGCUCGAGUCCAGAAAUCCUCAGAGCAUAUCUGAUUUUAUCAAAUGGAUAAAAAGUUUGUGGAACGCGGUGAAGUAUGAAAAUUUUAUUUUUAGCUUCAGAAACAGCCUGGUAGCCGAUGCUUACAAUCAACUAUCAAUAAAAUAUUCAGAACUGGAGUGGAAUUUCCGUAAGAGAAUGCACACAUGGAUUAAUGAGGCAGAAAAUGAGAUCCUCAAUCAGCCAGCUUCAGAACUUGAAAGUGAAAUUUGGGCUGGCAUAAAAGAGGACAUGCAUCAAGUAUUACAAGAAGAAGAGAAAGUCAUGCUGGAAGCUCUAGAAGAAUAUUUUGAGAGUGGGAACAAAUAUGUGCACCUUGUAGAGAGAUACAGGGAAGACUUCUUUAGGAGUGCAGCAACACUUAAGAAUGAAGUUGAAGACAAUUUACCCAUCAAAUGUGAAGAAGCUAUCCGCAUACAGAAAGGGAAGCAUGAGAUACAGUUUGUUCAGAACAGCUAUUUGAGGACCAUUGAAGAGAAAGCCACAAGCCUCUUGGACAACUGCAAGAAUGUAAAGCAUCAGCUUAGCGAUGAGGAACUAAAAUCUGAGUUUGAGGUUAUGUGGAAUAAAACAAUAUCUGGAUUACAGUUUGGCAGCUUAAAAAAUCACAACGUCAGUCAAGAAAUGAUUGACCAACUCAGGAAAGACAUGAGGCACAAAGCAGGUUACAUCAAUGAGAAGUUGAAUGAAGUCAAAAGUCUAGACGGUUACGGGCAAAAUGGACUGGACUUGGAUAAGAAAUAUACUCAAAGCAGAUGGUAUGAGAACAUGCCAGAAGUGAAUAAUGAGGACUACUGGAAUAAGGUGAGCAGCCUUGUAACUUCUUUGAAAGAGCAGUGCAAUUGCUACGUAACAGAGCAAGUAAACACAAUGAAAGAUUACGACCAAACAUACUGCCAAGAACUUCUAAAUUUUGUUAACGAAAGACUCAAUGAGGAGGAUGUCAGGAGUCUUCAUCUCACGCCAUUGUUCGAGCUGGAUCUGAAGCUUCUACUACUGGGUCAAGCUGCCCCAGUCUUCCAGAAGAAGCACAAUAUUUUUUUUCAGGAAAACAAUAUGAAGUCCUACCUUGAUAAAAUAAAACCUCAGUACUUCUCCACAUUUAAGAACGUCUACCAAGAAAAGGAUGAGUCUAAAGCCAGAGCCCAGAAAUUUUAUGAGGCGUGCCUAAAGCCAGCUCUUUCAGACUAUGUGUACAAACAUUUGGGUGGUGAAAUUGUGAACGACAUACUGACCAGCAAAGAUUCAAUCAGGUACAGUAGUAGAACCUUCUUCCAAUACACUUUGCUCAAAGAGCUUUUGGAAGACCACGAUUUCACUCGUUACAUAAAAUACAACAACCAAUACGAGACCUUUGUAAAAAACUGGAUUGUCAAAUUUAUCACCAAUAAAUACAAGGAUUCCACCUCCCUGGAAACAUUAAAGUCAAAUAUUCUUGCAAGAAUCUUGAGAAAGGUAAGACAAGCCCUCAAAGAUCCAAGAGUACGAGAAACCUCUAAUGUUUCCCAGUGUUUAAAAACAUUUUGCACAAUAUUAAAGAAAGAUUUGGUCAUUGUGCAGAACGAGAUGAAAGUGAUUACAUUUCAAAACAACGCAAGUCCUGUCCAGUUUUCAGCUGACAUUGAAGAGUUCCUGGAAGGUGUCGAGAAAGAAAUGAUCACCGAAAUCAAACAUUUUACUAUUGAAUACGUGAUGAACAAGAAAACCUUUAAACCACAAGAUGUAUUGUUUAGGAAGAUCUUUGGGUGCGGUAAUCAGUGUCCAUUCUGUAAAGCCCCCUGUGAGGCCGGAGCCGCUAAUCACAAGGAGCACUUUGCAUCAGUCCAUCGGCCUCAAGGUUUAGGAACGUACCGCUAUACAGAAUCCAAAACGCUCUCACAUUCAAUAUGUACCACCGACGUGGUUGGAAAUACAACGUUUCUAAAUUCAGACACUGACUGGAAGCCAUGCCUUUACAAAGAAUACCGCAAAAUUUAUCCCGACUGGACAAUACAGCCCGAUGCCACCAUUGGAUCCUCCAAUUACUGGAAAUAUGUCUUCAAGGAGUUUAAUAAACAGUUUUCAGAUUACUACAAUGCUAAACCAGCUGGCCUACCAGAGGACUGGUAUGUUAUCACCAAAGAACAGGCUCUUCAAAAUCUAAAGGAAUCUUUCAACAUGAACUAA